AUGGUCAAGGGAUCUACUAUUUUGCUCCUCGGAGCCUCUGCCAGUGUCCAGGCUUGCACUGCUCCCAAGGCUAAUGAAGCUACCGUCAAGUUCAUCUCGGGCUUUGAGGGAUGGAAGGAUCACGUCUACAACGACCCUGGCCCACAGCACCUCGAGACCCUUGGCUACGGACAUCUCUGCAAGAAGCCCAGAUGCGCCGAGGUCAAGUACCCCUUCCCUCCUCUAUCCAAGGCCGAUGGCCUGAAGCUUCUGAGCGACGACAUGUCGGUUGCCGAGAACUGCGUCUACCAGGACACCAACGACAAAGUUGUCCUCAAUGCCAACCAGUACGGCGCACUCGUCAGCUGGGCUUUCAACGUUGGCUGCGGCAACGUCAAGUCUUCCCAGCUCAUCAAACGUCUCAACGCUGGCGAGAACCCCAACACUGUCGCCGCCCAAGAGCUUCCCAAGUGGAACAAGGCGGGUGGAAAGGUUCUUCCCGGCCUCACUCGCCGCCGCAAUGAAGAAGUGGCCCUCUUCAAGACUCCUACCAACGAUCCUGCGCUUCCCGCUUGUGUGAACCCACCAUCUCACACCUCCAAGCCCGCUCCUCCUACUCACCACUCUACACACUCUUCGGCCAAGCCUACCAAGACUAAGGAGACAUCUACUCACUCUCACCACACCAAGCACACCAAGUCUCACAGCCACUCCCACACCAAGGUUACUUCCGCUCCUACUACUCUGUCUACCGCCAAGAGCACCACCGGCUGGGGCAACUCUACUUCCGUUGCACCUACUUCCUCGACUGCUUGGACUACCUCUGUUGUGUACACGACUGAGAUUCACACCGUCACGCAGUGUGCUUCUACCGUGACUGACUGCCCUGCUCGCCCUCACACCACCACCAAGACUAUCCCUCUGUAUACGACCAUCUGCCCCGUCACCGAGACCGAAGUUCCUACUGAGGUUCCCACCGGCCAGCCUACCGAGACUGUUGUGCCUGUUCCCACUGUUCCUACCGGCACUGGCUCUCUGCCCUCCAACACCAACACCUGGACUUCCCCCUCGCAGACUUGCAACGGCAACUGCACUCAACCCGCUCCUACGAGCCCUCCUCCCGUCAGCUCUGGCGCCAAGACUGGCGUCAGCGCUGUCGUGGUUCUCGGUGCUGUCGCUGCCUUGUUUUUGUAA